AUGACCAUCACCCAGUACACUCUCCAAGACUUGCACCUCACAGGCUCCGUGGGUGACCUGGAGCCGGACCAGACGGCGUGGCUUCCUUCAUUUCCCGCAUCGACGCCAGACGACGUGCUCCGGAAUCAGCUCGAAACCAAGGGUGUUGUGCACAUCAAGGGCGUGAUGCCCCGCGAGUUUGUGCUGGACGCCCGCGCAAAGUUCUUCACACACAUGGCACCAACAGGCAUGCUAAAGGAAGGUUCGGCACCUGUUGAUGGCAUAUGGCGAGGCGGUGACGCAGACGGAAACGACUACGUUGGUCCCGCGAGCGCGAGCCUCGUCCAACUCUCAGAAACAGCCGAAAACAACCUCCAGCGCGGAUGGGACGUCCCACGACAGCCGUGGUCCCCCGAAUUCUGCGGAAACCAGUAUAUCCGGGGCAUGGUCUCGCGCUUACAACCCGACUGGGCGGAUCCCUUCAUCUUCAAGCGUCAGAUCUGGCGCACCAACUUCCCCCACGCGCGCGGUCAGAGCAUCGGCGUGCAUUACGACCAUAUUUUCUUACGCCACGGCCCGCCAACCGCACUGACCGCCUGGGUGCCGGUUGGAGACUGCACGCCACUACAGGGUGGCUUGAUCUACCUCGAAGACAGUGUGGCGAUUGGACGUGCGAUCGAGGAUGACUUUACGGCGCGUGCGCGCGCCGCAGGGUUCAGCGAGGACGAGGAGCGGUGGGCGUUCAACGCACACAUGGACUCGACCGGGGUGCUGUGCCGCGAUCCUGGAUCAUUCGCGCGCGAGCACGGUAACCACCGAUGGCUGAUCGGCAACUAUGAGGCUGGCGAUGUCGUUUUCCACUCGCCGCUCAUGGUCCACGCCGCGAGCCAGAAUGUCGACCCCAAUGACCAUAUCCGCCUGUCGUGUGAUCUGCGCUACGGCGACCGGGCGGGGUCGUACGACCCCCGCUGGAACGCCGACAUCCAUCGCGAAAACGACGGGCUGUAA